UUAUUUUUUGGGAAAAGGAAAGAAAUGAGUCUUUGUUUUAUCAGAGGAAAAUAAUAGGAACAUUAAGAUAGUAUGUAAUAGUUAUUGCUUGGCUGGGUUCAUACGCAUUCACUAGUACAGGACAUACUCUUUAUCAGCCAAUGCCAGCUGCUCAUCACUUCGUCUCUUGGAAAGAAAUUGUAGAACAGCCAUUGGCCUCCGCAGCAUACAAGCUCCCUGUCAAGAUGAAGAGUCAGGUGUUGGUGCUGCUCCUCUUCCUCUCAUGUGAAGGUCAAAGUUCAUGUCCUAGGGUCUGCUCGUGUCAUGGCGGGAGAGUAGACUGCAGUGGGCGCUCUCUCACCACCUCCUCUCUCCCGGGUACUUUCCCGGCUGAAACCACUGAAUUGCAUCUCAAUGACAACCGGCUAACCACUCUGCCAAAUGGCCUGCUGGACUCACUGCUCCACUUACGCUCAGUCUCUCUUCAUGGAAACCCCUGGGCGUGUGACUGUGGAAUCCUGUACCUGCGAGCAUGGCUGUUACGUCACCCCAUCAGACACACAUCCCACUCACAGGUCAACUGCAGUUCCCCUCUUAACCUGAGAGGGCGUCUAGUGGCAUAUUUAAGUGAGGAGGAACUUUUAGACACCUGUCAUUACUGGUACUGUGACCUGGCUUUGGUAUCGCAGUUGUGCCUGCUGGGCUUUGUGCUGCUGCAGGGGGCACUGUUGUUCGCGGUCAUUGUGUUCCUCAGAAGGUUUCAGCACAUGUCCAAGGAGGCCAGAAGGACCACAGAGGAGAGCUUCACUGCAGGAGAGAGUUCCCAGGACAAUGACUACCCUCUCCUGAGGGACACAAGCAUCUGAUGCAUUAGUUCACUACUAUUCUCAUAACAGGUUCAUUGUGAUUACACCUGGCAUGAAAUUCAAACAGACCCUGAAAAAUAUAUUUGUUUAUUUGAUUUUUUUCAUUGUGCACUGUAAAACAAAAUAAUUUUGAAAUGUUGAUACUUCACUUUCUCUCAUUUUAAAUGUAACAAAGUGAAAUACUGUAACACCAUAUAAAGUUUAAUAAUGUAAUGUUGUUUGUUGACACGUACACCUCACCUUUAAGAUUUUCCCAUAUGCAUCUGUCACAAAUAUCAAAUAUAACAGAUGUAUACAAAAAUAUGUUAUUUUUUUUCUUCUUUCAUUUUCAAAUAGACCUAUUUAAAUGAGAACUCUGGUAAAAGUUGUUAUGUUAUGUAAUGUAAUCUAAUGUUAUGCAUGUAAUGCUUUCUUGUUUCACAUCAUGCAAUGACAUGUUGCAGAAGUACACCUUCAAAUGAAUAACAUGCGGCCUACACACUGUGUUUACUAAUAUUUUACUUGCCAUUUUUGUUGCUUAAUUAAAGGCUAUCAAGUGCAAUUCAAAUUGGUGAUUGUUGUAGGAAGCAAAUAAUAAAAGUUAGUUACAGUAAAAA